AGAAAAAGAGCAAAGUCUUCCGCGAAGCCUUACACUGAGGACGCAACUCUCCGCCUUCUGGCAGCCAGCGCGGGGCUGCAGGACAGCUGUUGCUGACGCAGUGUGGCGUCCUGCAGUGAAACUGGAGGAGUCGCUCCAGUGAGUAGGAACUAUUUUGAAAGGUCGAGGGGAGCGUUAAUGAUGUGACACCGUCACCAUGGAGACGCAACUCGUUAUACAAGGAGACCGAUAAACGUAGUAAUGGAUUCGGAGUAUUUAAAGAGACACCUGGGGACGUGUUUGGCGGAGGGGCUCGCUGAAGUGGCGGAGAGGCGACCCGUGACUCCCAUCCUGUUUCUGGCUCACUGGCUUUAUAAGUACGACUCCAACGCUGAAUACGAGGCACAGAAAAAGGCCAAUUUGGCACUCCUUGAGCAGGAGAGGGAGAAGGCCAGAGAAGGGGCCUUACACCAGGAGAAGUUGGGAGAAGAGGAGAAAGAGAAACAGAUCCCUGAGAAGGAAGCAGCAGAGUCUGACGCACCCGCUGCAGCCGAAACAGGAGCUGCUGAGGAGAACAAACCUUUGCAAGAAGAGAAAUCAAGUAUUGUUGAGGCAGAAAACCAGCAGGACACAGAUGAAAAGCAAGCUGAGACACUAGAAACUAACACUGAACCAGAGCUUGCAGAUAAACCAGUUACCAGUCCAGAGCCACCUGAGAUAAAACCUGAGGAGGAAGGUGCCUCAUCUGAGGCAGUCAACGCCGAGGUGAAAGAGGAGUCUCCAGAAACGCCUGAUGAAAAGAACAAAGUGGAGACAUCAAACAAUCAAGUGGAAGAAAAAACAGAGGGGGAGCCAAGUGCCAAUCAGGAAGCAGAGAAAAGGGGGGACGAGGAAAGUACUAAUGGCAAGGCAGAGAAAAUAGUAGAGGUGGAAAGCACCAAUCACGGAGAAGAGAAAACAGAAAAAGAGGAAAUCACCAAUCACGGAGAAGAUAAAGUAGUAGAGGUGGAAAGAACCAGUCAUGGAGAAGAGAAAACAGAGCUGGAGGAAAGCACCAAUAAUGAAGAAGAGGAAGAAAGAGGGCGUAAUGAGGUGGUUGCAGCUGCUGAACCUGAGAAAGCUGAGCCGCCGCAGUCGACUCCUAGAAAAGACACCAGCGAUUCAAAUCUGAAUGAAACGGAAGACAAACAAAGUCCUCGUAACCUCGACGCUCAAGACACAGAGAAGGUUUCUGAAGAAGAAACUGUUAAACCAGAAGACUCUGUCCACGUGGAGCCGUCUUCACCUCCUCACCGUGAAGACGUUAAGCCAGAACAAACAAUUUGUCAUGAAGAAGAACAGACGAUAACAACUGAACAGGAGGCAGAAAAAUCAAGUACUCCUCCUCUUCAGGAAGAAAAGGCUGAUAUCUCGGCUCCGGCUCAGAGCGACGUUACAGAUGAGGGAAUGAGUGAGAGACCUGUGAGCUCACAAGAAGAUCAGCCUUAGUCUGAUAAAGAAAACCCGCCACAGGAGGAGGAAGAAAAAGAAGCAGACCACGCCUAAUGAAAGAUCAAUCCUUCACGCUUUUUAAUUUAAAUUGUCUCAGUCUCAAUUAAUUGAUGUGUGCAAGUAUAAAAAAUAUAACUAACUGA